AUCCAAAUUAUUUCAUAUAUUAUGAUUAAAGUUGACCAAUUAAAUUGUGGACGUGUUGUGUCUCUCAGGAUUGCUAUUACUAAAUCCAGAAUUGGAAAAAGAAGAAUUUUUUGUUCCAUGGUCAAAUCUAUUGUUUCUUAUUUAUUCCUCUUCCUCCUCCUCGGUCAAACGAUUUGCUUCUCCACCCACAACAGUUACCAUUUAAAAACUCUUGCUUUGAUCCUUAUAUCUGAACCCAAAUCCUUCGUAAGGUUUUCAGAUCCUCAUGGCAACAGCCAUCAGAUACACGAGGAAGACGAGCAUGAAGGUCGUGGCAUCAGUCCAAGAGUUCGACUUCGGCACCGUGACCACCGUCCCCUACGGCAGUGCUCCGUCGAGCCCCAAGCACUCGGACGACCCCUUCGCCCUCUACUGCCGUUGCACCAGUGCGCCCACCAGCCCAACUCAUGCCGCCACCGUCUGUGCACGCUUCUGCGGCAGUGGCUGUCUUCCGCCCUCGCCUUCCUCGCACACCUCCCGCGUCCCUUUCGUCUGGGAAGAGAAGCCCGGCACCCCCAAGUCUCAUUUCAGCUCCCCUGGUGAAGAUGACAACGGCGACAAGCUCCGCUUCGCCUUCGGUCUCAGAGGGAAGAAGACGGGAACCACGGUCGACGACGGUCAGCUCUUUGAGGAGGGAAGAGCUCCGCCCCUGAAGCCGCCUCCUCGUCUUCAAUACCCAACGUUGGACGACGGAGUCUGUGUCACCUCAUCCCCGCGGUCUCCGAGGCCCCCCCGAUUGAGGGGUUUGUGGUCUUCCGGCCACCAAGGUAAGGGAGGAGCGGAAGAAGAGCUUGAUCCCUUCACCAUUGCGAUGAUGGAAGCAACAAGAGACAGACCAGGGAGCGAGAAGGCUACUGCCUCUAGCUUUGCCAACCGGGCCAAGGGCGGCGCAAGCAGCAAGUGGCGACUGCGGGAGCUGCUCUUGUUUCGGAGCGCGUCAAGGGAGCUUCUCGGCAGGUUCACUUUUCUGUCGUCGUCAUCAUCAUCCAACGCAAACUUCGUAUCGACGCACGGCCAUAAUUCAUCGCAUGAAGACGGGGCAGCAUCGGAGGAGCUGAAGAAGACGACUGCUCCGCGACACCGGCAGGGCCUCCUCAGUCGCAUUCGCUUCCGCGGCUACCCCUUCAACCGCGGACAUUAAUGGAAAUCAUGCUGUUAUCUCUUUGGUGGGAUUUCGAUUCUCAAUUGCUUGAUGUAGAUUUAUCUACUGUUUCCUUGUGUUGUAGUAAUGGAAAGACUCGGAUGCAAUAACAACAUAUCACUGUUCCUCGGUGACAACCACUGCUCGACUCUGUACACUUCUAGUCCACAAUAUUUCUACGCCUAUAUGUGAAUGCAUAAGCUCAGAACUAAUGUGCCUGAGAUAUAUGCCAUAAAAUAUACAUAUCUUCAUCAAGAACAAUUCAGCUAGUGAGAAUCACGACGAGCAGCAUCUGUAGAUGGUCAUGAAAAGAAAGUUGUGAGAUGGUACAUGAUCCAAGAUAAAAAGACUCAACAUGAUCCAUGCGAGAUCUUUCGUAUGAUACUAUCGAGGAUUCAAACUACCAUUAAGUGUGGUAUGCCAUUCCUAUGUAUUAUCGAGUCUCUUAGGUCAAUGUUCAACUUAUUAAUGAGUCGCCUAUUGAUAUUCCUAUAUAUUAUUUUGACAUCACAACUUUGCUGCCGUCCUUCGGCGGCCUCAUCGAAAGAGAGGAAACUACACACAUGCUUUUUUGCUCCAUUUCUAAUUGGUUCAUGAAAUAGCUGCCGACUUCUUUGAGGUCAUAGAAGACGUGAGAACUACUAACUCUUGAUUGCAAUAGAAGUUUCGGAAAAUAACAUGCAUGCCAAGCACGUUUAAUGGAAUUAUGAUAACCGAUGACCAUACGCUUGGUGGAAUUAUGCAUGCCAAGCACGUAGGUGGAUUUAUUUUCUUAAUAGGAUCUAAUGGUCGUAGAUGGGUUAUACGAUAUAUUUUCAU